AUGUCCACAGACCUGUCCACAGACAUGUCCACAGACCUGUCCACAGUUCUGUCCACAGACCUGUCCACAGUCCUGUCCACAGACCUGUCCACAGUCCUGUCCACAGUCCUGUCCACAGUCCUGUCCACAGACCUGUCCACAGACCUGUCCACAGUCCUGUCCACAGACAUGUCCACAGUCCUGUCCACAGACCUGUCCACAGUCCUGUCCACAGACCUGUCCACAGUCCUGUCCACAGACCUGUCCACAGUCCUGUCCACAGUCCUGUCCACAGACAUGUCCACAGACCUGUCCACAGUUCUGUCCACAGACCUGUCCACAGACCUGUCCACAGACCUGUCCACAGUCCUGUCCACAGUCCUGUCCACAGACCUGUCCACAGUCCUGUCCACAGACCUGUCCACAGACCUGUCCACAGUCCUGUCCACAGACCUGUCCACAGUCCUGUCCACAGACAUGUCCACAGACCUGUCCACAGUCCUGUCCACAGUCCUGUCCACAGACCUGUCCACAGUCCUGUCCACAGACCUGUCCACAGUCCUGUCCACAGUCCUGUCCACAGUCCUGUCCACAGUCCUGUCCACAGACAUGUCCACAGACCUGUCCACAGUUCUGUCCACAGACCUGUCCACAGACCUGUCCACAGACCUGUCCACAGUCCUGUCCACAGUCCUGUCCACAGACCUGUCCACAGUCCUGUCCACAGUCCUGUCCACAGACCUGUCCACAGUCCUGUCCACAGUCCUGUCCACAGACCUGUCCACAGUCCUGUCCACAGACCUGUCCACAGACCUGUCCACAGUCCUGUCCCACAACCUGUCCACAGACCUGUCCACAGACAUGUCCACAGACCUGUCCACAGACCUGUCCACAGUCCUGUCCACAGACAUGUCCACAGACCUGUCCACAGUCCUGUCCACAGUCCUGUCCACAGACCUGUCCACAGACCUGUCCACAGACCUGUCCACAGACAUGUCCACAGACCUGUCCACAGUCCUGUCCACAGUCCUGUCCACAGACAUGUCCACAGACCUGUCCACAGUCCUGUCCACAGACCUGACCACAGUUCUGUCCACAGACCUGUCCACAGUCCUGUCCACAGUCCUGUCCACAGACAUGUCCACAGACCUGUCCACAGUCCUGUCCACAGUCCUGUCCACAGACAUGUCCACAGACCUGUCCACAGUUCUGUCCACAGACCUGUCCACAGUCCUGUCCACAGACCUGUCCACAGUCCUGUCCACAGUCCUGUCCACAGUCCUGUCCACAGUCCUGUCCACAGACCUGUCCACAGACCUGUCCACAGUCCUGUCCACAGUCCUGUCCACAGACCUGUCCACAGUCCUGUCCACAGUCCUGUCCACAGUCCUGUCCACAGACCUGUCCACAGACCUGUCCACAGUCCUGUCCACAGUCCUGUCCACAGACCUGUCCACAGUCCUGUCCACAGUCCUGUCCACAGACCUGUCCACAGUCCUGUCCACAGUCCUGUCCACAGACCUGUCCACAGACCUGUCCACAGUCCUGUCCACAGACCUGUCCACAGACAUGUCCACAGACCUGUCCACAGACCUGUCCACAGACCUGUCCACAGACCUGUCCACAGACCUGACCACAGACCUGACCACAGACCUGUCCACAGACCUGUCCACAGACCUGUCCACAGACCUGUCCACAGACCUGUCCACAGACCUGUCCACAGACCUGUCCACAGACCUGUCCACAGUCCUGUCCACAGUCCUGUCCACAGACAUGUCCACAGACCUGUCCACAGUUCUGUCCACAGACCUGUCCACAGUCCUGUCCACAGACCUGUCCACAGUCCUGUCCACAGUCCUGUCCACAGUCCUGUCCACAGUCCUGUCCACAGACAUGUCCACAGACCUGUCCACAGUUCUGUCCACAGACCUGUCCACAGACCUGUCCACAGUCCUGUCCACAGUCCUGUCCACAGACCUGUCCACAGUCCUGUCCACAGUCCUGUCCACAGACCUGUCCACAGUCCUGUCCACAGUCCUGUCCACAGACCUGUCCACAGUCCUGUCCACAGACCUGUCCACAGACCUGUCCCACAACCUGUCCACAGACCUGUCCACAGACAUGUCCACAGACCUGUCCACAGACCUGUCCACAGUCCUGUCCACAGACAUGUCCACAGACCUGUCCACAGUCCUGUCCACAGUCCUGUCCACAGACCUGUCCACAGUCCUGUCCACAGUCCUGUCCACAGACAUGUCCACAGACCUGUCCACAGUCCUGUCCACAGUCCUGUCCACAGUCCUGUCCACAGACAUGUCCACAGACCUGUCCACAGUCCUGUCCACAGUCCUGUCCACAGACCUGUCCACAGUUCUGUCCACAGACCUGUCCACAGUCCUGUCCACAGUCCUGUCCACAGUCCUGUCCACAGACCUGUCCACAGUCCUGUCCACAGUCCUGUCCACAGACAUGUCCACAGACCUGUCCACAGUCCUGUCCACAGUCCUGUCCACAGACAUGUCCACAGACCUGUCCACAGUUCUGUCCACAGACCUGUCCACAGUCCUGUCCACAGACCUGUCCACAGUCCUGUCCACAGUCCUGUCCACAGUCCUGUCCACAGUCCUGUCCACAGACCUGUCCACAGACCUGUCCACAGUCCUGUCCACAGUCCUGUCCACAGACCUGUCCCACAUCCUGUCCACAGACCUGUCCACAGUCCUGUCCACAGUCCUGUCCACAGACCUGUCCACAGUCCUGUCCACAGUCCUGUCCACAGACCUGUCCACAGACCUGUCCACAGACCUGUCCACAGACCUGUCCACAGACCUGUCCACAGUCCUGCCCACAGUCCUGUCCACAGACCUGUCCACAGACCUGUCCACAGUCCUGCCUCAUCACCAGAGCGGUAAGAACAAAGGAAUCCAGGGCCUUUUCUCCAUCUCUUCGUAG